AUGGGCUCUAGAGUGGACUUUUGCGUGAUGCCUCUGUUGAUCCUCGGAUUCUUGGCCUUGCAACUCGACCGCGGAAAUAUUGGCAACGCUUUGACGGAUGAUUUCCUUCGUGACGUGGAUAUCACACAAAAUCAAUUCAACAUUGGCCAACAAUUGUUGUCAAUGGGCAUCGUACUACUUGAGAUUCCAAGCAACCUAAUACUUUAUCGGUUGGGACCCACGAUCUGGAUCGGUACCCAGGUUAUUGCGUGGGGCCUUGUUGCCACCUUCCAGGCGUUCCAGAAGGGCCUUGGGCCUUACCUGGCCACCCGACUAUUGCUUGGAUUGACAGAAGCUGGCUUCAUCCCUGCCGGCCUGUUUACGUUGAGCCGAUGGUACAAGAAGGAUGAGAUCAGCAAACGUUUUGCAUGGUUCUUUCUGGGAAAUUUACUCGCCGCUGCUCUAUCCGGAAUCAUUGCAUACGGCGUGCUGCAAAUGCGAGGCGUCGGUGGUCUUGCAGGAUGGCAGUGGCUGUUCCUUAUUGAGGGAAUCUUCACAAUACUUGUUGGUAUCGCGUUCCUGACAAUCUUCCCCACUUCUGUCUCCAAGCCAGUUUCUUUGGUAGGCAUUCGAUUCUUCUCAGAGCGUGAAUCCUACAUUCUCUCGCGGAGAAUUCUUGCAGAUGAUCCAUCAAAGGCCGAGCUCAAAACGCAUGUCAGUUGGCAAGAGGUCAAGAAUGUCUUGACCAACUGGCGUCUGCUUCCGCACGUUGCCCUGACCAUCUGCGGUCUAGCGCCAGUCUCCUCGCUGAACUCUUAUGCCCCGACGCUUGUCCAAGGCUUCGGUUUCGGUCGAUUAGAGUCGAAUCUCCUCGUCUCCGUCGGCUACUGGAUAUUGCUCUUCGUCAUCCUGCUCUGGGGUUGGGCUUCUACGAGGGCCGUUUGUAUUGUUGGGUCUGACUAUGCUGUUUACUUUCAAUGUACUGGAAUGCCACGCUCAUCUAUUCACACCCAUCUCGCUAACUUCAGGUUCUCUCCCAAGGUCGUCAAUCGCUGCAUCAUCACGUCCCAAAGCGCCAUUCUUCGGUAUGUCAUAUUGGCAGCCACGAUUGCCAUAUCCUGGCCAUGGCAUCCCGUAAAUGGUUCCUGGCUUUCGCUGAACGCGAAAACCCCCGGUGAACGUUCCGUGACCAUGGCCAUCCACAUCAUGUCUGCCAACUGCGCCGGCAUCGUAGGCGGACAGCUCUUUCGGUCAGAAGACAAGCCUCUGUACCGCAAUGGUUGGACAGUCAUAGUCUGCUUGUCGGCCGCAUCUGUUGCCUUUGCCCUCGUUGCCAACGUGGUGUAUUAUAUUGGAAAUCAAAGAAAGCUUCGUCGGUUCGGGACUCGCUUCUCCUACUAA